UUGUCUUAGACAGCUUCAAUGUCAUGGUCACAUAUUACUCAUCUGUGGUGCUAUCUUUAGAGGACCUCAGUGUUCUGUGGAAACUUGGUUGUGGUUUCACCAUGCCUUGAGAAACACCCGCUGCGUCUCAAAUGCCCGCUACUCGACAAAUCUGGACUCUACUGAUGUAACUUGGGAUUUGUGGGGUUGAGCUAUGGAGGAUAGGGAUGGUUGCGAUCAAGGUGAUGACAGAGGCCAAGAGAGCCUGACAGCAGGGGCGGGGACGAUGUGUACUGUAGCUGAGAUGGAGGACGGCACAGCUGUCUUUAUUACUUCAAGGGCAUCCCUGGUGUCAACGGACAAGCCUGAGAGUAAAAAAGAUUCCUCUAUGGAAAUAGCGCCUUCACUGAUCACACUGUAUGACAAGUAUGCAUCAGACAGAGAACUCAUGUCUAUCCAAGAGAGUGAACCCACUGAGACGGAAUCUCCCAACAGAACCAACAACGAUGAGGAGAUCAUCGACACUGAGCAGGGAACAACGGGAACCAGGGUGUCUGAGGACCAGGAAGACAAGAUGGCAAAAAGACCAGAGUGUCUCAUGAAUAACGAACCAGAUGAGGAAGACACUGAGGCAACGACUCCAACAUCCCCCAACCAAAGUUUUUUAUACAAGCCUACACAGCCGGACAUGGAGAGUGAUUUUGAUUUGAUCAAGGAGAGCCUCAAACCAAGGAGUGAGAGCUGUGCGGCGAUUUUGGAUGAAGAAAGUACUAGAGCCAAGAUGGACCAGGUGGAGACUGAAAUAACCUGUACUACGGCUCACUCAGAGAGCAAAUCCAAUUCAACAAGUCUUGAGAAACACAGCAAUCUACAAAAACGCAAAAAUGCUGCAACAACGCCGCCCGAAAAGACGGACACUAACGCAAACCUGAGAAGUUUCCAAAGGACUCUAUCAUUCGGCGCUCGAUUGGCCAGAACAAAGUUCAGUCAAUUUAUCGAGAACAAUGCUCUUGGGAAAUCCAAAGGCGAAGUUACAAACAAGAAGCCUCUUGAUGCAGUUUCUCCCGUUAAGCCGAGACAGAGACUAAGGAGCGAUUCUGAGCCUGCUCCAAUGGCUGCCAUCAGAAUGGACCCUAAGAGGAAAUCCUCUCGUAUCAAUCCUACCAUCUUGGCGAUGGCGGAGGUUGAGAACGACGCAAUGUCCCCGACGGCUUCCCCUGCUUCUACCCCUCCCCUUAAACCCAAGUCCCCACAGUUCGCAAGACUCAGCUUGUCAUAUCUUGAUCAGAAGUGCAAAGAACUUUUAGACACGGAGAGGAAUUAUGUGGUGGAUCUUGCAGAUAUCAUCGAGGGUUACAAGUACCCAAUGGCACUGACUCGGAAUCUAAUGAGCCGGAUAGAACAAGACACCUUGUUUGGUAACAUCCUGGAGAUCCACGCUUUUAAUAAUAAACUUCUGAAGGAGUUACAGCAGUGCAAUAACGAUGCAGUACUGAUCGCCGAGUGCUUCCUUGACAAUGAAAAGAGGUUCUCAGUGUACACAGACUACUGCACUAACUAUCCCAACACUGUGGAGAUCUUGAUGGAUAUCAUGGCGCAGGAGGACGUAGUUGAAUUCUUCCGAGAAUGUCAGCAAUACCUGAACCAUCCACUACCUCUAGGAGCGUACCUCCUCAAACCGGUCCAAAGAGUCCUGAAAUAUCAUCUUUUCUUCCAGGACAUGUAUAAACAUUUUAAUAAAGACGACGAUGGUUACGACACCAUAGGAGAUACGCUAGAUUGUAUGACGGACAUUGCUCGCUACAUCAACGAGAUGAAACGCAAACACGAAGCGUCUGUCCACGUACAGGAGAUACAGAGCCAGCUGAUUGGCUGGGAGGGUGACCUGAUGUCAAGUGGUGACCUAGUUCUAGAGGAUAUUUUCCGGAUGCAAGGUGCUCGGGCAGAACGCUACCUCUACUUAUUUGAGAAGGUGUUACUGAUCGGCAAGAAAAGAGAAGACACAUUGAUCAGCGUCAAGACCCACAUACCCUGUAAUAACCUGAUGUUGAUUGAGAGCUUACAGAAGGAGCCGCUGGGCUUCAAUGUGAUACCAUUCAACAAUCCUAGUAUACAGUACACCAUCCUGGCUCGCAACGUCGACCAGAAGAAACUCUGGACCCACGAGAUCAAGAGGCUGAUCCUGGAGAACUACGGCAGCACCAUACCCACCAAGGUCAAAGAUCUGAUUCUGAAGAGCACCACGUCAGCAAAGACCGAGUCGGACAAAGAAAGUCAGACAGAGCAGGAGGAGCAAGCUCGAGAGAAGAAAGAGAGGAAGUCUAGAAGACGACAGAAACGACGCAACUCAGAACCUAUGGGCAAGCUCAUGAGAGGUCAAAAACAGGUCAAAGCUGCUGUGGAAAGCAUGAUUAUUAAAGGUAUGAAAAAGCCAGAGCUGUCAAAAUGGGCCGGAAGAAGAUCCAGUGAGUUUUACCGAGAUACUGUAUCCGAUGAGGAAUCCGAUAAUGAGUCAAUUGAGUCACCUUCAAGAAAACCAUCACUUGUGGAUGAGAGUAACCCAGCAAGAAGAGGUAGCUUAUCAGCUUGCUCUGACUCGACCAGAACACCAGACUCAAGGAGCCCGGAUAAACAAGAUCAACCACUUGCCAACAACCUUAGCCAAAGACUAAGCCGUAACAGCAUCGAGUUUGAUGGCAAUGUGUCCAGCACACACAGUGAUGAAGAAAGAGACAGAGCCAUGAUGGAGAGAAGCAACUUAACCCGGAAGAGAGAGUCAAACAGAGACUCUGGAAUCGGCAGCAUGACGCUGUCCGAACAUGCUGCAGUUGAGGGUGAUAAGGACGGUAGUGGCUCUAGUAGACGUCCUGAUCGGGGCAAUAAGACCUCUGAGGACUUAUCUAAGAAGAUUGAUCCCGUUCGGAAGCGUCUUGGAUUGGAUGAUAGUGAGGAGGAUGAUGACAAUGCCAUCGUGGAAGUUGUCGAAGGCCCAGACAGCCCAGAUGAGUUGGAAGCCUUAGAGACAUUGCCAGAAACAGUUAACAAUGCUGCUGUUGGACAUGAAGAUGCCGUAGACUUAGAGACAUUGCCUUCAUACAUUAAAAAGUUUUCACCAUCGGAACCUUUCAAGCUUCGUCAUUCAAACAUCAAAGGCUACCGACCUCUGGGUGCUCGUAAGAACGGGGAUGUGUGGAUUCCUAUGUCUCUUGGCCCUCACAUGAGGAGCAGGAGUGUAUCGUAUGGCAAUCGGCCUUUUAGUGCUGACGCCGCAAUGCAUACGCCACAUCAGAGAAUGCCCCUCUCCCGCUGCAACAGUGAGGACAGACAGAUGUUGGCAGCAGUCAGUGAGAUGUAUAGUAGAUCUCGCUCAGAUCCUAAUAUGCUAGAGACCAGCGCAUGUGAGGACAGAAGCAGGUCUGCCUGUUGUAUCCCAACUUACACUGAACAUCCUCAUACACCGGAAUCACCUCAAGCAGUGUCGGAGGAAUCCUCUACUUUCUCUUCAAAUGAGAACCUUUUGGAGUCUGUCAACAAUGCCUUCAAAUUGUUGGGAGAAAAGUAUUCUCAACUUGAUCUCUCUGAAAAUAAAGAUGAGGACGAAAGCGAAUCGUCAAAGGAUGGAACAGAAAGUACAGCAAAUACUAUUUCAGCUGGAACUGAGUCAACGGAGGAGAGAACCAUCAUAGAGCCUCCUCCAAUGGAAGAACCAAAACAAAAGAUAGUUGUUCAACCUAAAGUUAAACCACGUACUAAAACAGUCAACAAGCUUGCUCGUGAGUUUAGCCGAAAGGCCAAGGAAAGUCCAAAAUUGAUUGUGACAAGACAGUCAAGUAGUGACUCAUGCUUGGAGCAGACUGAUUCUGCUUUUGGAGAUGUUUCCUCUGCAAAGGACGAUAAGGGUGUGGAUGUUGUAGUGAGAAGCAAAAGGGUAACAAAAGUCACCAGUAGAUUUGAAACUUUCCAGAGAGCGAUGACGGAGAAUGAAAAAUGGCAGGCACCAUCUAGAAGGGCGAGGUAUAUCUCAGAUUCCGUCUUUCAUGCCGUCCCAGUGACAGCAACAGGAUCAUCAUCAGAGGAGGAAAAGACCCAAGACACACCGACCUCAACAUUCAGUCGUAGUGCUCGCAACAGACGUUCAGUACGUGAUGUUGUGAGGAGAUUUGAGAAGCCCAAAUCCCUCAAAAAGGAAUCCAAAGCGGUGACUCCAACAGUGAUGGGGAUACAGGAGCGGCUACAAUCCAUCAGGCAGAAUGCAGAGUUCCACAAACAGUCUAAUCAACAGGUCGGUAGCUCAAUAAAGUCACUCCGGGAGAGGAGACAGGAACUACAGGAAUGGGUAUCAAGACCAAUCCAGAGGAGAUACCAUAAGAGCGAAGGAAACUACCUGGAGCUCUACCAUUCUGAUACGGCAUCUUACUGUAGCGCAUCAGAAGAGCCUGAUGGUAUGAGUAGCUAUGCUAGCAGUGCACAGAGCAGCACAAAUACCUCGCCUGUCCAUGUUCCCAGGGUAAACCUCCACCUUGAUUCAACUGAAACAUCCUCCACGAACUCCUCCUCUAACAAUGAAACAGCAGAGAGUAAGGAGCCCAUCCUCUUUCGAUCACUCAAAGAACGCUUUCAAGAGCUUGAAAAGGCCGUCUCUAAGCCUGUACGCAGAACCUGCGCCGACCCUAAGAAAGAGAUUGAUGCAGAAAAGCACAGCAAAGCAGAGGAGAACAAGUCACUGUCGGAGGAAACUUACCUCCCGUCGGAGGAAACUCCACUCUCGUCAGAGGAAACUCUCUUCCUGUCUGAGGAAACUCUAGUCUCAUUGGACGAAACUCUGGUCUCUUUUGAGGAAACUCUAGUCCCGUCGGAGGAAACUCCAGUUUCGUCGGAGGAAACUCCAGUUUCGUCGGAGGAAACUCUAAUCCCAACCAUCGAGGAGAGUCAAGAGGUUGAUGGCGAGAGUUCUCAUCCCAAAUCCAGGUCCAACAGCAGUCCCUUGAUGUUAGAGGCUGUGACAAGCUCGGACCAGCUAAAGAGAGCUACCUCAUGUGAGAGCAACUACACCGAUGCUAGAUCGGAGCUAUCGGCUCAAGAUUCAUCAGAAGACAGCUUUCAUUCAGGCUAUGCAACUCCUACAGAAUCUUAACAUUUAAUCACUGACACGGAGUGUCAAGAAUCAAAUUAUCAACCUCGAUAAUUUUAAACCUUAUAGUUUUAUACAGAGAUGUAGUCAACAUAAAACAGAAUUGUCAAAUUGUUUGAUACACAUUUAUGAAAAGUCUUUUUUCAUUUUGAUCAUUACUCAGGAUUUUUUUCCUGAAGCAUUUCUAAGCCAAAGAAGUUCAACGUGAAGCUCAAGUAUGACCCUACCUUUAAGAAGCAAAACAUCAUUAAAAGGGAAUUUUCCGGUACAACAAUGAGAGGGGAAAAAAUUAUGGUUAGCAGAACUAGGUAUACAAGCAAAAAAAAUACCACAUCAAAUAUACAAUCUAUGACUGGUAUUCUGCUUGUUUUUGCUUAGCAUAAAAUUGCUAAACAAAUUGCUUCAGCAGCUGUAUGAAAUUGGACCCUUGGGUUCCGAGAAGGACCAGGGGGGGAUUUCACAAAGAGUAAAGACUAGUCUUAUCUCGAGUUAGGACUAGCCCUUAAGUUUUUAAUAACUCCUAAAGAGUCCUAGGAUUAAUCCUACGUUAGAAGUAUCUUUGUGUUAUCAACCCUUGGGGUUAUAUUUGUGGGUUCCUGCAUCUGAUAGGUGCCACGACUCACACAGUCCUUCAAAUUCGAAAUCCCCAAAUAGUCUUCACAUCACUUGCGGGAACCUAAAAGACAUUUUUGAUAGUGCCAAUGUAUUUUACAGAUCCACUGCUCCAGUUUUACUAUCAUAUUUUUGUAUGAUUAUUAAUUCAGUGUAGAUAUACAUGUACGUAAUGAAGUAAACGCUAACUUGAAACCAAUGAUUGUUUUUUUAAUUUAAUCUAUACGACUUUGAAUUUUAUCAUUCAGAUACCCAAAGAUAAAGAAUAUUUCUGUACAUAAAUAUAUAUUAUUUACUUUCUGUGUAAAUACAACUUUUGACUAGGCCUCAUUUGAGGCAUUUAUUGUAAGUUAAACAAUUACCAACGUAUAAAAGCAGUGUACAUGUAUAUCUACCGUAAAUCUUACUUUAUUUUAAUUGGUGGGUAUUUUCUUCGCUUUUUAAUGGUGCCAACGUUCACUGUGCUUUGUUCUACAGUGAGUUAUUUUUGUGAGUGUACAUUUGUAAAGUAAUAUUGUACAUUGUUAUCUACAUUUUAUUUUUUGUCUUGUCGAUAGUCCUUGUGUACUGCUUAAAGCAUAUCGUGUUUCUGUAUAGUUUCUAUUGUGUAUCAAGCCUUGUACUGUAGAGUGCCAAGGACUGAUCCCUGCGGACUCUGACGAUGCCAACAAAAACUUCACUCUAAGUUGUUGUGUACUUAAAAGUCGUUAGAUGUGUGGUAUAGAUGCAAUGUAAUCAUCUUUAGAACAAAGACAAACAACAUGGGCCCAAUUUCAUAGAGCUGCUCAAGCAGGCAAUUUUGCUGAACAAUUUAUCUGCUGAGCCUAAAUUUAGCAGUGAUACCAGUCAAAAAUGGUGCAUAUGAAAUGGUACGUUGGUUGGUAUACGUUUAUCUGAUCAGCAUAAUUUUGUUGUGCUUAGCUGGUUUUUGUUCUUAAGCAGCUUUCUGAAAUUGGGCCAACAGUUUUCAGUUGGCACAAAAAAGGGACUUCAUUGCCUCUGUUCUUGACCCUGGUGAUUCUUUAAAUAUUCCCACAGACAAAAUAAAAUACCCUGUGUAAAAUGAAAAUGUCUCAUCCCUUCCCUUAUGUAACACUAGGGCCCAGUUUCAUAGAGCUGCUUAAGCACCAAAAGUAGCUUAGUAGCACAACAAAACUUUGCUUACCAGAAUAAGGUUACCAGCCAAACUUUCAUGUCACAUGUACGAUUUGCAGUUGGUAUCCUGCUAAUUCCUGUUUAGCAGACAGUUGUCAAGCAAUAUUUUCUGCUUAAUUAAGCCCUGGCCUGAAAAGAAUUCUUCUAUUUGGAGAUCAAAUAUUUCUGUCUGGAGGGAAUGAAAGUAGAAUACUAAAAGUCGGUAAUGUUGUAUGAUCAGAUUGUUAAUAACAGUGUUCAGUCCAAUAUUCUCUCUUUCUGUCGGCCUCCCGCAGAUUUGUUUUCAAAAUUUCAUUCAACAAUGAUUUAGUGUGUGGCAUCUCUCAAAAGGUUUAGCUCAUUAAUCGCUCUGAUCGGACAUUACAAUCCAUCCCUUCAAAUGACAUGGGGCCAAUUUCAUGUAGCCUGUAAGCACAACAACCUGCAAAGCACAGAAUAGUAUUGCUUAGCAGAAACAGG